ACGGACAGCAAGCCGCAAGCGACUUCGACAGCCCACAUGACAUGGAGCAUCAAAAUGUCGAUUACCUACUUCACGUGAGAUCUGACAAGGACAAGGAAAGAUGGAAUGGUGCUGAGACACCGAUGGUCUUGCCGGGAGGAGAGGGAAGAAAUGAGGAGGAGACUGCACAGGGCCAGCCUGAGCAGGGAGCCGCAGCCGCAGAAGGGGAAGCAGCAGGAGAAUUAAGUGGAGAAGGUCCCUCUGCUGCCGGUGCUGAAGGCCUCGUGGAUGAAGGGAACCAAGAGGAGCGUGGUGCUGAAGGCAGUGGCCAGGAGAAUAAUCCAGGUCACCAGGGAAUGGGAGGCAAUGAGGCUGUGCCGCCGCUUCCUCUGUCAGUGCGGUGGACCUGUACUCAUCCCGUGAGAAUUCUGGUGCCUGAAUGCCGCCCGCGUCACCACCAUAGAUUCACCCUGCCUCAGUUGCAAGAGCUAGAGAGCACUUUUCGGCGCAGUCACUACAUCAGUCCAGCAGAAGCAAAACGUAUGGCAGCAUGCAUGGGUAUCAGUGAAGCCAGAGUGCAGAGAUGGUUUUGGAAGAGGAGAGAACAAUACAGGAGAUAUAAGAGGCUAUAAGCACUCAAAGGUUCUCCUCCUGCUUCCCAGAGCAUGUUUCUCUGAAGAUUGUGGAGAAGCCCUAAAGAGCCACCUUUGCUCAGGAUUCAGAUGCACAUAAGAUUUGGCUGCCACCCAAACUGUGUU